AGAUCACUCGUUCGACAUGUUCAUUCAGUGGCGAUGGCUUCUAGCGACCCUGUUGUGGCUGGUGGCUCGGGCAGAGGCCGACCAGAUUCUUGUGAUCAAUCCCUUUGAAAUGCACUCGCAGUGUCUACUGAUGACACCAUAUAUAGAGGCACUGGCACGUCGGGGUCACCAAUUGACAGUGAUUCAUGCCUUCGAACUGUGCAAGCCCAUAGAAAAUGUGCGCUUUAUACACAUCAUGGAUGACUAUGAGGCCAAUACGGACAUUGCGGAAUUCAUAUAUAGCUCAACCGUUAGCAAAUGGCGUGAGGCGGUGUCUAUAAGGAACUACAUGAUCAAGGCCUCCCUGAAUAUACUCCAGAAUGUGGAGGUGCAGGCUCUACUCCGCUCGAAUGCCACAUUUGAUAUGGUGGUAGUGGAGCCGGGCUUUACCGAUGUCAUGUUUGCUUUCUCCACACAUUUUAAUGCAUCUCUGGUGGGUCUGGCCACAUGCGGUGCCGAUUGGAAUUUGAAUAACCUGAUGGGUCAUGACUCGUCGCCGCUGCUCGAGCCAAUGCUGCCGCUGGGUCUGAAGGCCGUGGACAGCCUUUGGAGUCGCAUCUACAACUUUUACUACAUCUCCGAGGAGUGGCUCCUGAUGCAGUUGGUAUUCCUGCCGAAGCAGCGGCAGCUGCACGAUCAUUUCUUUGGCCAUCUCGACCAAAGCUUCAGCGAGAUCAGGCAAAACUUUGCGUUGAUAUUGCUAAACCAGCAUUUCAGUCUGUUUGCGGCCCGUCCGAGUGUCCCGGGCAUGAUCGAGGUGGCUGGUAUGCAUGUCCCCCUGGAGGAUCCCCCACUCACAGCCGAUUUGAAGCUGUUCAUCGAUGAGGCGCCGCAUGGUGUGAUCUAUUUUUCCCUCGGCUUUGAUCUGCAAACCAAGGAUCUACCACGGGAGACUGUACAAAUGCUAAUGGACACCUUUGAGGCAAUGCCACAGCGCGUUAUUUGGAAGUUCGAAAGUAAUCCAUCGGCCAAGAUCAGCGGCAAUAUCUAUAUGGGCGGACUGCUGCCGCAGCAGGCGAUACUGGCCCAUCCGAAUGUCAAGCUCUUCAUCUGCCACGGCGGCAUGUUGAGCAUCAUCGAGGCCGCGUACUAUGCCAAGCCUGUGCUGGGUUUCCCUCUCUUUUACGAUCAAUUCCGCAACAUAGAUCGCCUGGUCGUUGAGGGUGUGGCCCAAAUUCUGGACAUCAAUGCCGUAGACAGAGAAGAGCUGGCCGAAACCAUUCAGCGGAUGAUCAAGCUACCGGAGUAUCAGCAAAACGCUUUGUUUGUAUCAAAAAGGUUUCGGGAUCAGCCGAUGCCUCCUCUGCAGACGGCCAUCUACUGGACGGAGUAUGUCCUGCGCUACAAAGGAGCCCGUCACAUGCGCGUCUCCACCUCCCACAUAAAGCUCAUAGACUACUACUGUCUGGACAAGCUCCUGAUGAUCUUUCUGCGUCUCUCAUUUGUGGUGGGUGUUGUCUUUGCGGCGCUUUCCAAGUGGACACACGCCCUUGAUUGGUUGACCAAAAUGGCACUUCGUUUGCAAGGCAUCCAGCGGGCUGCGUAGUUAUAUUUUCGUUUCGGGUUGUAAUUAUUUUAUUGAACCUUUAUCUAGAUUACAGCAGGGACAAUGGAAUGAUAAGUGAGGCAAACACACGGGUCCCCUAUCUAAUCUCGAUUACCCUUUUUAUUUAUGCGUAUUUAAAAGUGUUUCCAAGUUUCAUUUUUAUACGAUUCGGCUAAGUGUUUUGGGGCAGAGUUUAGUAGUCAGACAUCUCUGGAAUUCCAGGUACUACAGCCCCUGGGGAAUGUUUGUUGUGAUUGAUUUGUGAAAGACAGAAUUUAGUUAUAAUUUAGCUUGCGCAAUAAAAUUCUAUUUACUUAUAAAUAAUUUAAAACA